AUGGCGGCCGUGAUCCGAGCUUCCAGAUCCUCGUCAUCCUCAUCCACCUUCACUAAUUAUUUUAUUCGAAGGUCUCUAUCCAUGGUGGCAUCAUCGUCCGCCGCACCCUUGAAAUCCGAAUCCUACACUCCCUUGAUAGAUACUAAGGACAAAAAUAUUCAGUGGGUGUUCCUGGGAUGCCUGGGCGUUGGAAAUGGUACCUUCGCCAGCCGUCCCUCCGUCUUGCUCGGUGUCCCCCACAUCGCCACUAGAGAUUUUGUCCGUGAAGAGCUCUCCGCCUCUGGCCCACUCUCCAAACAAGUACGCCACCUCUAG